ACUAAUAGGUGUCUCCAUAUAAGAAAUAAAAUUCUUCCCUGCAAAACAUUUUCAUGGCUGAAUUUACAGAAUAUUUGCAGAGAAUAGGCAUUAAUAUGAACAUACAGCAGCAGCAAAUUCCAGAGCUGAAUCCAAGCACAAGAUUAGAGAAUUAUGGUGUUUCAGAUUUCUCUGUAGACUCUUUCUUGGGCCACAAUCAACACCCUCAAUUUCCAGUUUCAAACUAUUGUCAGAAUAAUGAUUUUCAUCCUGAAAUAUUGAAUUCAGAAGCAUCAGGAUCAAUAAUCAUCCGUCCCGUCGGUUCGAAUCAAUAUGCUUAUUUACCUGACAGCAAGAAAAGAAAAAUAGAAAUACAAUCAACUAGCAGUUCCAAGGAUGUUUCUCCUACUACCUCUACUACUACCAAUUCAAAGCAAAAGAAUGUAAGCAGAAGUAAGAAAGGGAAGAACAAAGAGAAAGAAGAAGAAGAAGAAAUUAUUCAUGUUAGAGCAAAAAGAGGUCAAGCUACUGAUAGUCAUAGUAUAGCAGAAAGGGUAAGAAGAGAGAAAAUCAACAACAAAUUGAGAUGCUUGCAGGACCUAGUUCCAGGCUGCCACAAUUCAAUGGGAAUGGCAGUAAUGUUAGAGGAGAUAAUAAAUUAUGUGUAUUCAUUGCAAAAUCAGGUUGAGUUCCUUUCCAUGGAGCUUGCAGCAGCAAGUUCAUAUUCUUAUGAUCAGAAUUUGGAAACUGGAUCUUCCAGAAAGGCUCAGGUAAGAAAUUCAGGUGGGACAGAGGAGACACAAAAAUGGUUAAGAGAAGGAAAUGGUUGGUCCAUCUGAUUCCAAUUUGUUGCCUACGAGACCACAUCAAUAUCUCUUUACUUCAAAUCACAUAUAUAUGUCUCUAUUUAUGUAGCAGUUCCAUUACUUCAAACAAAAAAAAGUAUACAAAAUUACACUAUACUAUUUAUCUCCAUUUUUCCAAUUUUUGUACUUAUUUUUUCAUUAUUAUUCAUAUU